AUGGCGGAGUCUGUCUCACAGGACCUCCCUCAAACUAAACCCCAUAUAAACAGCAACUCUGAACUUAACCCCUUAAGCAACUCACUCCAAGAACUCGAAAAAAGCCUGACAGAAUGUGACACACAGAGUAGCGAGGAAAGCUUGAUAGUAGCCGCCAAAAUCGGAUCCGCUUUACUCCAGGAAAACAACUACUUAAAAAAUGAAAAUCGUAGACUCCAAGACAAACUGAAUAGUCUAGAAGCCAAAGUAGAGGAGUUAGAAAACUGCGAAGGAAAGUAUGUCUCACAUAUGGAAAGGCUCCAAGAAAAGAUAUCCGAGCUCGAAGCACAGUUGACCAAGGAAAAACUGUAUGUGGUUGAAGCACAAACUAUUUUUGAGGACCAUGACGGGAAACAGAUCGAACUUAUUAAAGACUAUGAAAAUAAGAUUGAAGAAUUAGAGAGUAAAAUUAUGACACUGCAGCUACAGACACCUGAAAAAAACUGA